AAUAAAAAAUGGAAUAAAAUUUAUGAAGACGAGAACAGAGACUGUUACACGAUAACGAACAACACAAAGCUUCGAAUUCGCCGGAGAAAUUUUGAGAGAGAUGAAGAUCACGGCGCUUUUGGUAUUGAAGUGUGUACCGGAAGGAUCGGAUCCGAUUAUAUUAGCAAACGCAUCGGACGUUAGCCAUUUCGGUUACUUUCAGAGAUCAAGCGUUAAAGAAUUCAUUGUUUUUGUCGGUCGUACCGUCGCUAAACGUACUCCUCCUGAUCAACGACAAUCCGUUAAACACGAAGAGUACAAGGUGCAUUCUUAUAACAGAAAUGGACUGUGUGCAUUGGGAUUUAUGGAUGAUCAUUAUCCUGUCAGGAGUUCUUUUUCCCUUCUUACCAAGGUUCUAGAUGAGUAUCAGAAGAAUUUUGGUGAAUCGUGGAGGACUGUGCAGGAAGAUGGCACUCAACCUUGGCCAUAUCUAAAUGAAGCUUUGACUAAGUUCCAAGAUCCUGCAGAAGCAGACAAGCUGUUGAAAAUUCAGAGGGAGUUAGAUGAGACAAAAAUUAUCCUGCAUAAAACUAUUGACAGUGUGCUUGCACGGGGUGAGAAACUCGAUAGUCUAGUUGAAAAGAGCUCAGAUUUGAGUGCUGCAUCACAGAUGUUCUACAAGCAGGCAAAAAAGACGAAUCAAUGUUGUACCAUACUGUAACCUGUCAAAGCAAGCACCAAAUUGCAGCCAUCGGCGCUUGUUAUUGCGUUGAAGGUGGCAAGCGAAACGACAAAGUGAUUGUAUUAUGUUUAUAUCACAUAUUAAUUGUUUGUGUGGCAGAACUAUGGAAUCUAAGCUUUUGGAUAUUGUUUUUCUCUUUGGAUGAAAAAGAAAGGAAACCAUAACAUUAACAUUAGAAUUACUCUUUUAUAGUUCUACGGUCAUCACUUUUCAUGGGUGUGUAAUUUUCUCUUCACUCAUGUUUUGUUCUUGGAGUAAUAUAUGUCUGUUUGUUUGUUGUA